UCACGUGACCACAACAAAAAGGUAUCAUGGCGGCGGCCGCACACUGCUCCGCAGGACUCGCAGCUAGAUCAGGACUGGGAGGUUUCCUUAGAGGAGCGUGCUGUCUUGGAAGCUUUAGUCCCCCCACAGCACUUCUAUGUCAGCAACGUCGCCGCUUCUUCUGGAGAAAAUGGAAAAAUUCUCUCAAUGUGGUUCGUCCAGCUACAGUUCGACCAGCAUAUGCAGUUCCCAAGCACAUUGUGCGGCCUGAUUAUGUUAACACUGGACUCGUCCCAGAAUGGCCAGAUUACAUUGAAAUCAAACACCAGGAGCAGAUUGAAGAUCUUGCUAGAGCAUGUCAGCUAGCCAGACAUGUUCUCCUACUAGCUGGACGCAGUCUGAAAGUCGGCAUGACAACUGAUGAGAUUGACUUCAUCGUUCACCAGGAGACAAUCAAGCACAAUGCGUACCCCUCUCCUCUCAGAUAUGGAGGUUUCCCCAAGUCAGUGUGUACAUCUGUGAACAAUGUGAUCUGUCAUGGCAUACCUGACAGUCGGAGACUUGAAGAUGGGGACAUUAUCAACAUUGAUGUCACUGUGUAUUUGGAUGGUUACCAUGGUGACACCUCAGAAACCUUCUUGAUUGGUCAGGUGGAUGAGGCUGGGCAGCGAUUGGUGGAAACUGCUAUGCGUUGCAGAGAUGAGGCUAUUGCUGUAUGCAAGCCAGGUGCACAUCUCAGUGCAAUAGGAAACACUAUCAGUGAAAUUGCUGGAGCCAAUGGGUUUCAAGUGUGUCCGUAUUUCAUUGGACAUGGAAUAGGCUCAUACUUUCAUGGCCAUCCUGAGAUUUGGCAUCACGCUAAUGACAAUGACAUGACCAUGGAUGAAGGGAUGGCUUUCACGAUAGAGCCCAUACUGAUGGAGGGGUCAGCAGAGUUCAGAAUCUUAAAGGACAAGUGGACGGCGGUGUCAGUUGAUGAUAAAAGGUCGGCUCAGUUUGAACACACUGUCAUAAUUACAUCUGACGGAGUCGAGAUUCUCACCAAACUACCAGAAGAAAGCCACUUGUGAAAAAACAAAAAGUUCAGACCAACUGAGGAUGUUAUGAACUGGAUCUUUAGUUUUUCCAGAUCUUACCUUUGAAGUGGAAACGAUGGGUGCUUUUGACUUUACAUUUCAGGAUUUAAGACUUAUAGAUGAGCUUUAUGUAUGUUAAGGGUAAUCAUGUUGUCUUUGGAAGGAGGAUCAAAUGUCUAAAAUUAAUUAAAUGGGAGUGGAUAAACCUCAAUUACGUAUCAAAACAAAUGUUGGUUCAUAUGUUCUGUUACAUAAAUAUGAUAUGCAAUGUAUUUCACUUCUGUUCUUAAAUAUUUUCUUUAAGGAUUCAUUUGACUCCAUUUUACUCUUUUUGUUAGAAGUUAUUCACUGUUUCUAUUAGGCUUAGUUUUUUGUGUGCUGAACAAUGAUAAAAU